CACUCACUAAUCCUCCUGUAUCUUCCCUGGCUUGGCUCUCCUGCAACGACCCCUACCGCCAUUGCUUCCUGUAAUCAUGGGCAAUCAAUCAUCCUUUGUCUGCUCCGCAUCGGUGGGAUUCAUUCGCGAUGACUUCCUCGAACGGUCCACCACAUUUCGAAUACCAUGAUGGAGCCUUAAGCUGGGGCACGACGAAGCUCCUAGACGAAAAUAUCAUCUGUGUUACUACCGACCACAGCCAGAGCACGAUCUUCAGUCUGACUGCUACUGAAGAGGGCUCGCAGAAACAAUUCGAGCUUCAAAUCACGAAUACAACAUCCCUUCCACCAGAGUUCCUCAACCGACAUCUGCUCAAAGGUCUGCCAGCUUAUCUACAUCCUGACGAUAAUGUCAUCCACGUCCUGAUUUCAACCUUGUCUGGCACUGGCCUCGCCCCAAGCUUCUUUGAUGAUGUGCUACAUCCAGUCCUGCUAGGCAUAGGGCUUUUAGACUCAAGCUACCACGUCCUGCGUACCGAGAAUACGAACUCCGUCGCCGAAUUUGCAAAAGCUACACUGCUGCCAGCAGCCGCUGCAGGAAAGAAGCAGACAGUUUUGAUACUCAGCGGUGAUGGUGGACUGGUGGAUACUGUCAAUGGAAUCCUGGAGGAGGGAAACCCGCCAAGCACAUACAGGCGGCCGGUUCUUGCUCAGCUGCCACUAGGGACCGGCAAUGCUCUCUUCCAUUCCUUACACAAACCAACGAGCGCUGGUGUGCCAUCGCUCUAUAUCCAAGGUCUCCGAACGCUUCUUCACGGAACUCCAAGACCACUUCCUAUAUUCCGGGCAACCUUCUCUCCUAGUGCAAGACUUCUCACGAAUGAAGCACGAACUGCAAGUCCUCUGAAAAACAAUACAUUAUAUGGUGCUGUAGUGGCUAGUUAUGGUCUGCAUUCCACACUUGUGGCGGAUUCGGAUACCACAGAAUAUCGGAAGCAUGGGGACAAGAGGUUUGGUCUUGUUGCAAAUGAUCUUCUUUUUCCUGAUGAUGGUACUCGACCGCACGCAUACUUGGCCGAAGUCGUCUUGAGUUAUGACGGGCACAAGGAUACCGUCCCGAGGGGAGAGCAUGGCUAUGUUCUUGCAACCUUGGUCUCUAACUUGGAGAAGACCUUCACAAUAUCUCCUGAGAGUGCUCCAUUCGAUCGAGCUCUGAGGGUGGUUCACUUUGGCGCUCUAAGUGGAGAGGAAACUAUGGAAAUCAUGAAAGCUGCUUAUGAUGACGGGAAACAUGUCCAGUCAGACGAAGUUGGCUACGAAAAUGUUGAAAGCAUGAGGAUCAAUUUCAAAGAAAGCGGUGAAAGCUGGAAAUGGAGGAGGUGUUGUGUCGACGGUUCGAUUGUCGGAGUCGAAGAAGGAGGCUGGAUGGAAGUGAGUCUCCUUGGCAGUGGCGAGGAAGUUGUCGACGUGGUCGCAGACCCGUAACGCCUUUGGGACCGAUUCCAUCAAGUGUCUCGAAGGUGGCAAUACGAGAAACUCGCAACUUACUUUGCAAAUCCAACAGUCGAUCUUCUAAUGCUUCUCAUACAUUCAAAACUCUGCUCAUUUCUAGCCUUGUGGCAAGUGUCUGCAAGGCUCAGUCGAGGUACGCAUUCGCAGCCGUUACGUGUGUUCCUCACUUUCGCCCAUGAGAUUUCGCAAAAUGGGGAAGCUCGGCCCUCGUUCCAUUGAGAGAUCGUCUCAGCAGAUGUUAGUCAGUCAUCUAGAUGAUAUGUCUGAUACAGGAGUAUAAAUUGAGGAGCUUUGGUAGAUCAGGUCUAUGAAAUAGGGUUUAGACACGGUACCUCGGCGGGGAUGGUCCGUCGUACCGGAUGCCGCUUCAAUGAACCUCUUGACGUUAGAAUCUUUGGAUAAUGCUAGUAGACUAUUCAUAGACAUGUCCCUG